AUUAAAGAGGAAACAAAGGGCCUGAGGUUAUCAUAAGAUGGACACUGGAGGGAAUUCGUUACCUUCGGGAGCUGAUGGAGUGAAGAGGAAGGUGAGCUAUUUCUACGAUCCAGAGGUCGGCAAUUACUAUUACGGGCAAGGUCACCCUAUGAAGCCUCACAGAAUCAGAAUGACUCAUGCCCUUUUAGCACACUAUGGGCUGCUUCAAAAUAUGCAAGUUUACAAGCCCUGCCUUGCCCGAGAUAGGGAUCUUUGCCGCUUCCAUGCCGAUGAUUAUGUGAAUUUUCUCCGCAGCAUAACGCCCGAAACGCAGCAAGAUCAGCUCAGGCAGCUCAAGCGGUUUAAUGUCGGUGAAGACUGUCCGGUCUUUGACGGCCUUUACUCCUUUUGUCAAACAUAUGCUGGUGGAUCUGUUGGUGGUGCUGUCAAACUAAACCAUGGUCUUUGCGAUAUUGCGAUUAACUGGGCUGGUGGCCUGCAUCAUGCUAAGAAAUGCGAGGCUUCGGGGUUUUGCUAUGUCAACGAUAUUGUCCUUGCAAUAUUGGAACUUCUUAAGACACAUCAGCGUGUUCUUUAUGUUGAUAUCGAUAUCCACCACGGGGAUGGUGUGGAGGAGGCAUUUUAUACAAGUGACAGGGUUAUGACUGUUUCCUUUCAUAAAUUUGGUGAUUACUUUCCAGGCACAGGGGAUAUACGAGAUAUUGGAUAUUCAAAAGGGAAAUACUAUUCCCUGAAUGUUCCUUUGGAUGAUGGAAUUGACGAUGAGAGUUACCAUUACUUGUUUAAGCCAAUUAUGGGUAAAGUUAUGGAAGUAUUUAAGCCUGGUGCGGUGGUUCUUCAGUGUGGUGCUGAUUCUCUAUCCGGAGAUAGGUUGGGGUGUUUCAAUCUUUCGAUCAAGGGUCAUGCAGAGUGUGUUAAAUUUAUGAGAUCAUUCAAUGUUCCCUUGUUGCUACUGGGUGGUGGUGGUUACACCAUUCGGAAUGUUGCUCGCUGUUGGUGCUAUGAGACUGGAGUUGCACUUGGAACAGAAGUCGACGACCAGUUGCCUCAACAUGAGUAUUACGAGUAUUUCGGUCCGGAUUAUACCCUUCAUGUUGCUCCUAGUAAUAUGGAAAACAAGAAUUCGCGCCAGUUACUUGAAGACAUACGCAAUAAUCUACUGGAAAAUCUCUCAAAGCUUCAACAUGCUCCCAGUGUCCAAUUUCAAGAAAGACCACCUGACACUGAUCUUCCCGAGGCUGAUGAAGAUCAAGAUGAUGCAAAUGAAAGAUGGGAUCCGGAUUCAGACAUGGAGGUUGAUGAGAAGCGGCCUAUUCCGACCAGAGUAAAGAGAGAAGCAGUUGAACACACGAGAAAAGAUUCGGGGGCUCCAAAAGGGGCUGCAGAGCAAGCUAGAGGGUUUGACAUUGCAACAAACGAGAUUGCAAGUACGAAGUCUGUAGAUGCUCGGCCGAUGACUAUCGAUGAACCAACUGUGAAAGUCGAGUUAGAAACAUCGAACAAAGCAUCCGAUCAGAUGUACCCGAAGCCCUAAACCGAAACCUUUCCAAUCAGUGCUGGAUGUAACUUGUGUGCAUUAGCAUUUCCCAACGUUCUAGCCCCCUCUCGUUUGCUGAUCGGUUUAGAUCUGUAGAAGCCAAUGAAAACUUCAGAGGUCUCGGUAAUUUGAUUUGUUCCUCUUGGAUUCGAAUAUUAAAUUUGCUAUUUGCAACUUAUUUACCUAUGAUUUCUUGAAUGUAUGUAUACAUUAAUAUGCUUUGAUUUUGAUUCAAAUGAAAUCUGAAUCCGCUAUUCA